GUAUUACGAUGGGCCAAAACGCACAGUUUCCUUCCUUUGGAUUAGCUUUUGCACAGCGAAACUGAUGGUGGUUGAAAAGUGGAGAAAAAGAACGUUGUAGUAUUCAUCCAUCAGUAUUCAUCCAGCAGCAGCAACAGCAGCAGGCACAAACAGCAUGGUCGACAACGACAAGGGAGCCUUUCUUUAUCAGUUGCUAGCUGUGGUAUUCAAAGUGGCAGAUGUUAGGUACAGUGACUCAAUACUCGCCGGCGAUUACAGCGUGCCGUAUUGUAUGUGUGUAUAGUGCAGUGUGUGUUUAAAAAAAGUCCUAAUAGACGGGACGUUUUGUCCCAGUUCCGAUAUUCCGAAACCCGCGUGCUGUAAAAUGAAACCAGCAGCAGUGGUGCUCGGUGGAAUGCAACCGAUAAUUGAAGAAUAUUUUAAGCUGAUUCCGUUCUAGCGCACUCUCGUUGCAAAAACUCAAACAACGUGACAAAACAACCUAGUACACCAAGUACCUUUACAAAUCUCUUCCUCAACAUUCGUUCAUGGCUGUGAUAAAACGGUGAAAACACACAAAACACUUCGAGUCUUGUCAUUCCAUCCGACGACACGAACGACAAAGCAGACAAAACAUUAUACCCCGCAAAAAUAGUGCUGUGAGUAAACUUAAGUUGUAGUUGCAGUUGAGUAUUAGACGCAUCUUCAGGCCAGAUAUUAUAUGUUUGUUGCCGCUGUACCGAGCAACGUGAUAUCGAACGAUUCCGACUCAAAAUGACGGGGAAAGAUUCGGUUGUACUGGUGGACAAAGACACGACGCCACAAAUUAUGGCCAACGCAGAGAAGAGUGUGACGGUCACGCUGGCUAAUGUCGAGAGCCACCCAAACAAAGCGGCCGAACGUGGCAAGGCAAUGCGCCAGGUGAUAGCCGCAUUCGUAGCCAACAUAGGUACGAUCAACACCGGACUCAUCUUUGGCUUCUCAGCCGUGGUAAUUCCCCAGCUGCAGGCCCCGGAUUCGCUUAUCCCGGUCGACGAAAGUCAAUCUUCGUGGGUGGCAUCCUUAUCAGCGAUUGGAACCCCGAUCGGGUGUCUGCUGAGCGGAUACGUGAUGGACAACUUCGGACGCAAGAAAGCACUGAUAGCAACGCAAAUCCCGACGAUCAUUGGGUGGAUCAUCAUCGCUUGUGCGUCAAACGUGGGAAUGAUCUACGCUGGCCGCGUCCUGACUGGCUUCGGUUCCGGUAUGGUUGGUGCUCCGGCCCGUGUUUACACGUCUGAAGUAACCCAGCCACAUCUGCGCGGUAUGCUGUGUGCUCUCGCUUCGACCGGCAUCAGUUUGGGUGUGCUGAUCCAAUACACACUCGGUGCGUUCACGACGUGGAAAUUCCUAUCUGGCGUAUCGGUUAUCGUCCCGAUAGCUGCGCUUAUAUUAAUGCUGCUUAUGCCGGAAACGCCCAACUAUCUCGUUUCGAAACAGAAGCCCGAAAAAGCACGUAGGAGUUUGGCACGGUUGCGCGGCUCCAGCUACAACAUUGAUCGAGAGGUCGAACAGUUGCAAUCGUUCGCUGCCAAGACCAACGCAAGCGGCAAGAAGAAGCUCAGCUUGCGCGAAACGAUACAGGCUCUGGUGCAUCCGUCCUGCCUGAAACCAUUCGCCAUCCUGACAAUCUACUUCAUGAUGUAUCAGUUCAGUGGCGUCAACACGAUCACUUUCUAUGCGAUUGAAAUCUUCCGAGACUCGGGAACGAAGCUGGACAAGAAUACCUGCACCAUCCUGCUUGGCUUUGUACGACUGAUUUUCACAAUCGUUGGUGCCAUUAUGCUGCGUCGUUGUGGCCGGCGUCCACUAACAUUCAUAUCUGGCAUAGGAUGUGGUUUCACAAUGAUUGGUCUCGGCGUGUAUCUGAAAUACAAGCACGGCUGGGAUCUAGCAGAUCCUCCGAUCGAACCCACUGCUACAUGGUUCCCGGUUGCUUGCAUCUUCAUCUUCAUUAUCACCUGUACGCUUGGCUUUUUGAUCGUACCAUGGGUCAUGAUCGGUGAGCUGUACCCGAUGAAGGUGCGCGGAUUGGUUGGUGGUUUCACAACCUGCAUGGCACAUAGCUUCGUGUUCAUUGUCGUCAAAACCUAUCCCUUCCUGACGCACGUGCUGGAACGCCACGGUACCUUCAUCCUGUACGGAUGCUUUUCCUUCGCCGGAACCGUCUUCUUCUAUCUUUGCUUGCCGGAAACUAAGGGAAAGACAUUGCAAGAGAUUGAAGACUAUUUCUCAGGCCGUACCAAGACGCUUAAGAAAGCAAAACCGGGAAGCAACGAUCAGCAAGAUGGUCAGCAGCCUCUUGCCAACGGUACUAAGCCCUCGGUGCUUUCGCCGCAAAAGAACGCAUUGCUUCCGUAACAGCGUGUGAACAACAUUACCCAGCUGGAGCUUAGAGAGAUCUGCCCUCAAACACAAUUAAAGCACCGGCAACAUCCUCUAAAUCAACCAUUACGGAUCCGUUUUUGUUCCUAAGCCACUUAACUUGUUAAGAUUUGCUACUGUCAUACGAAGUUGGCAACAUCUGCCAAAACACAGGCAAGAAAAGAGCAGUCAACAAACCCAGGAACGUUUUGCAUAGUGCACAGAACUUUAUCGCUACAAUAUUGCAUGUCCCGUUUAUUUUACCCAGUCAGACUCUAAGUAUUAUCUGCAUUACGGUAUGCGGUUAGGAAACUAAUGUAGUUAGAAUGUACAAUUUAUACGAACGACUCAAAACGGGUAGACGAAUGAGAUGAUGCCUCUAGCUGCGUCCGGCACUCUACUCACAAGGAACAACACUAGGAAGGGAAUCUUAGCGUCACAGAAAUACAACAAAUCAACAUUAAAAAGGCUGCAAAACACUAUAUCCUCAAACUAUAAAUUGAAACAUUCGCCAAAAGUGCCUGAUGAUUGAAAAGGAGUAGAAAAGCAAAUGUUGCAACAUGUAUAGCCUUCAUCAAAAGGCAUAGAAUAGUACUCGGCCGUUAAAAACGCAACCGUUGUAAUGCGCCCAUCAAGCCUGUUGUAGUACUUAAGGAAUAGAGUUUAGUAAAACUAACUAAGCAAGCUCAUAGAAAGCAUCAGACAUGAAGUGCAAUCAACCAAAUGCCAAAGUAGAUUGCAUAAAUUCGUAUGUACACAACCGACAAUAAAACAUCAAUUACUCAGUCUUUUGGGCAUUGCGUUUAAGUAACAAUCUUUCUUUUUCCCACACAUUUUAAAAUUAGCACUUUUCGAAUGGUGCUUGAUUACACAGUUCAAUAUUUUGUUAACUAAUUGGCACUCUCAAGUUUCUAGAUCAGUGAAACCACUUCCAUUCUUAAUGAUGAUAAUCAGAACAAGUAAAUAUGGAUCUUAAAUGCUUACCUAUUAGGUUAUAAUUCCUCUGCCGUGGAUCUUAGGCUGUAGCAUAGGGUUGAUCGUCAUCGCUUGUCAAUGUUUCAUACUGGCCAUUAAGUGGGUCAUCUGUCCCACCGAAGCCUGAAGAAUGCAAUGUAUCGCAU